AUGCGCAGGGCAAUUCGGCAGCUGCAUCAGCCGAGGAUUUAUCUCGAAAGGACUGCACUGCUCCAGACCCGUUCCUUCCUCCAACCGCACCCUCGAUUCUCCUCUACUGCGACUACCACCCCCAACACCUCCACCACCUCCGCCAACACCCCGACUCCCACCCCUUCACAGGUGACGGCUUCAAUAAAGGCCGAUGCGCCGCAAACAUUCGAUGCAGACCCAGAGGAACCUUCAGUAUCUGCGAAGAAGGCCAGAGAGAAGCUGGAACGGGCUGUGAAAAAGAACCUCCCAUACCUGGACGAUCCGUGGAAGCUGGGGCAAUACGUCACUGAUGCGCUCGCCAAAGACCGAUUCGACGAGGCCCUGCUUCUGACCCAGAAAGCUAGCAAUAAGGACCAAGUUGUGGUAUCCUGGAAUCAUCUCAUCGACUACCAGUUGGAGAAGCAACAGCUAAGAAAGGCCAUCAAGUUAUACAACGAGAUGAAGAAGCGGGCUCAGCUGCCCAAUAUGCAAACUUACACGAUUAUAUUCCGCGGACUCGCCAAGUCACAACACCCCAAAUUAGCCGUGUCCGAGGCCAUCAGGCAUUAUCAGAUCCUUUUGAAGGAUAGCCGUCUGGAGCCAAACUCGACCCACCUCAAUGCCGUUCUCAAUGUUUGUGGCAAAGCUGGAGACUUGGAUUCCAUGUUCUCCAUCGUCGACACGGUCAACGAGUCAACUCGAGCCCCCACCGCUUACACCUACACAUCCAUCAUUAAUGCUCUUCGGUUCAACGUCUUGGGUGAAAUCAAGGAUUUGCCAGAGGAGCAGAAGAACGACAACAUUAUGAAGGCUAUUGGCCGCGCCAAGGGUCUUUGGGAGGAGGCUAUUUCGAAGUGGCGCCAGGGGCGGUUGAUCAUUGACGAGGAAAUGGUGUGCGCGAUGGGUCGGCUGCUCAUCAUGGCGCCUGACCGUGUUGACAAGCGCGAAGUUCUCGACCUCAUUGAGCAGACGAUGAACAUCCCUAACUUGUCCAAACCGGACAAUGUCUCUGCGGCAGACUUUCAAACAAAGGGCCUUGCUCGCGCGGGUUCCUCCAAAAUGGCGUCACGCGUCGCCUGGGUUGCUCCUGAUCGCAACACUCUAGCUUUGGUGCUCACGACACUUUCAUCCUCCAAGCUGACCACAUGUGGAAUCAAGUACUGGAACAUCCUGGUCCGAGAGCACGGCAUUCAACCGGACAUGGACAAUUGGAUGCGAAUGUUUGGCAUGCUCAAGCUGGCCAAGGCCAGCGCUCACGCUUGCGAGAUCCUCGACAUUGUCCCUGAUGAGUACAUUAAUGCCAGGCACUACCAGAUGGCCAUGGAGACGUGCGUGCGCGACAACAUUAACCAAAAUGCCAUCAAGAACGCCAACAAGGCGCUCAACUCGAUGGUGAAGAGGCUCAGGGUUCCAGACCCUCAUACCAUGCGCCUAUACCUCCGUGUCUCCCUCGUUAGCCACUACCAACUCCGGGCACGAUCCGACAAGGGAGAUGUAGCCGGGGCCAAGCGUGACUACGGCAUGCAGAUCACUGAAGCCCUCGCCCGCCUCUGGGAUCCGUACCGCAAGCUUCACAACCACUACUUCAACGUUGUUAAGCCUAAGGACGAUAAGGCUGAGGGCAUCAACUACAACAAUAAGCGUGAGGUCAUCGCCCUCGCUCGAAUCAUGUAUGGCGCCUUCAACAAAAUCAUUCAGCAGGGCAUGCUCCCCGAUGCCGACUUGCAAGAGAUCCGCCCCAUCGGCGCCCGCAUCAACCGUGAGAUCCACACCUUCUUCGCCAACCGCGAGGAGCUUGAGCCCAACCUGCGCAAGUCCAAGGGCCGUGGCACUGCUGAGGAAGAUAUGUCUGAGUAUAACGAGAUUCUCGGCGGCGACUUUGAGUGGGACACCACCCAGGUCGGACGGCCGAAACCCGAGCGACGAGAUGGUCGUAUGGGAGAUGACAGGCCCAGGUCCAGAUUCGGUGGCGAGCGCCGUGAAUCACGUAUGGGUGAAGACCAGUCGAGGUCAAGAUGGGGGAAUGAGCGUCGAGACUCUCGAAGGGGUGAAGACCAGCCCAGAUCCAGGUGGGGAGAUGCGCAAAGAGAGUCUCGAAUGGGUGAAGAGAGGCCUAGAUCGAGACGAAGCGAUGGCCGACGCGAGUCUGGUAUGAGUGAAGAUAGGCCCAGGCCUAGACGAAACGAUGAACGACGAGAUUCCCGCAUAAACGAUGACGAUCCUCGCUCGAGACGACGGCAUGAGCGCCGAGAUCAUGAGCAACCCGAUGAGCUCCGCGGAGUGCGUGAACCGUACCAGCGACGGGCGAACCUGCCAUGGUGA